AUGGGUGCUUGCUUUUCAAAGGUUUUCAAUGGCUGUCCAUUAAAAAUUCAUUGUGCAACAUCAUGGAUAAAUCCAGAUACAAGAGAUCAGUACUUGAUAUUUGGUGCAGAAGAAGGUAUUUACACGCUGAACCUCAAUGAACUUCAUGAAACAUCAAUGGAGCAGCUAUUUCCUCGAAGGUGUACGUGGUUAUAUGUCAUGAACAAUUGCUUAUUAUCAAUAUCUGGUAAAGCUUCUCAGCUUUAUUCCCAUAAUCUACCAGGACUCUUUGAUUAUGCAAGGCAAAUGCAAAAGUUACCCGUUGCUAUUCCAGCACAUAAACUCCCUGACCGAAUACUUCCCAGGAAGUUUGCAGUGUCUACAAAGAUUCCUGACACUAAAUGGUGUCAGAAAUGUUGUGUUGUGAGGAAUCCCUACACAGGCCACAAGUACCUUUGUGGAGCACUACAGUCUAGCAUUGUUUUGUUAGAAUGGGUUGAACCAAUGCAAAAAUUUAUGUUAAUCAAGCACAUAGAUUUUCCUGUACCUUGUCCGCUGAGAUUGUUUGAAAUGCUGGUAGUCCCUGAGCAGGAAUUCCCUUUAGUUUGUGUCGGUGUCAGUAGAGGAAGAGACUUCAACCAGGUGGUGAAGUUUGAGACUGUCAACCCAAAUUCUACCUCUUCGUGGUUUACAGAAACAGACACUACGGAGACAAGUGUUGUACAUGUAACACAGCUGGAGAGGGAUACCAUUUUGGUGUGUUUGGAUUGCUGCAUAAAAAUAGUGAAUCUGCAGGGCAGGUUAAAAUCCAGCCGGAAACUGUCAUCGGAGCUCACGUUUGACUUUCAGAUUGAAUCAAUAGUCUGUCUACAAGACAGCGUGUUAGCAUUCUGGAAACACGGCAUGCAAGGAAGGAGUUUUAGAUCAAAUGAGAUCACACAAGAAAUUUCUGAUAAUACGAGGAUAUUCAGGCUUCUGGGAUCUGACAGGGUCGUGGUGCUGGAGAGUAGGCCGACAGAUAACCCAACAGCCAACAGCAAUUUAUAUAUCCUGGCAGGGCAUGAGAAUAGUUACUGAGGCAGCUCACCGUGACAAGAGAACACUCCUGCUGCAGCAGCAUUCAUGGCUGGCUGAAAUUGCACAAAAGCUGCAGCAACCAGACUUCAGUUACUUUAUAAUUUAUUGUGGCAUGAGAGGAAGACGAGAAUUGUUCGUGGUGUGGAUACAUAAGCAUUAUGAUACCACAGAAGUGCUUAAUUUACUGUUAUGUAAUCUUUGUACAUAUGCAGUAUUUUUCAGUGAAACUUCUUGCUGAAGACCUACACUGACUUUCUGUAGAUAGUGGUCCUCCUGUUAAGUACAAGUGUCUUACCUGUACAGAUGUAAAAGUCACUGAGGAUGCAAAAAUGAAAUCGGGGUACUAUUUUAAGGACUUCUCAUGUGUUUAUUAUAAAGUGGGAUGCUAGCAACAAAUACAGUACAUUUAACAACACUAUUGUAUUUUAUUAUAUGUAAUUUACUAAUACAAAUAAAUCUUAACUUUUAGAAAUUAUAACCAAGGCUGUAAUCAGAUUACAAUCUUGUUUUAAUUUUGAUGCAACACACUGGUGUUCAUGUUUGCACAACGUAUUGAGAUGUGAUGUAUUUAGUCACAAAGGUAAGCUGUGACUUUGUGGAUAUGACUUGGGCUUCAAACU